AAGAGAAGAGCAGAGUCGCUUUCCGAAAGGCAAACCCGAAUUGAACUGGCGGCUGCAUGUGGUGGAGUGGAGAUCUUCGCCAACGCGUGGGGACCCACCUUUGCCCACUCCGUCCCUAACACCCCAUGCACGUCUUCUUAAAUGUGUUUUUUCUUUCCCCCGUACUGUUUCACUUCAUUGCUCCCACCAAACGACCCGCCAUUAACGCGACCCCUCUCAGGAGUUGAGACCUUCCCGCGGGCUGAGUCAAGGAGAGUGGGUGUCUCUUUCUUUGUGUCAGUGGGUUUGGAGAUUUAAGAGAAAAGGGAAGAAGGGAGUUCCUGGGUUGGCGUUAGAAUGGAAGAAGAAGGGAGAUCGCUGGCUGAGACGCCGACGUAUUUGGUGGCGACCGUGGUCAGUGUCUUGGUUGCUCUGGGUUUCUUCUUUCAAGGCUCUUUGAAGAGGGUCGGAAAGUGGUUAGACAAGACUAAGAGGAAAUCUCUCCUUGCUGCUUUGGAGGAGAUUAAAGGAGAGCUUAUGCUUUUUGGGCUCCUGUCGCUGCUGAUGGGUCAUUGGAUGGGACUUGUGACAAAGAUCUGCAUCAAAUCCUCGGCCUUAAGCAGCCGAUUUUAUCCUUGUGCAAGAGGUGACUUUAGAACCAGGGACCAUGUUCUCUUUCCGAAUUCAGUUUACCCGAACAACUCGAAGGAGCAGGUGAUUGCUCGGGAGAAUAAUUUCUGUCCUGAGGGUCAUGAAUCUUUUGCUUCAUAUGAAAGUCUUGAGCAGCUUCACCGUUUCUUGUUUGUCCUGGCGACCGUCCAUGUUUCUUACAGCUUUGCAGCAAUUGUGCUUGCUAUGAUUAAGAUAUAUAGCUGGAAAGUAUGGGAAAACCAAGCAAAGACGAUGUCCACCCAGGGAUUACGAGGAGAAGCUUCCAAAGAUAUCAGAUUGAUGCGGCUAUCUACUUUCAUUAGUCACCACACAUCACAUCCAUGGAGCCAACACAAGCUUCUGGUUUGGCUGCUUUGCUUUAGUCGUCAAUUCUGGAGUUCGAUAAACCGGCCUGACUACCUGGCACUGCGCUUGGGCUUCAUCACGACUCAUGAACUCCCUCUAUCAUAUGACUUCCAUAAUUAUAUGCUCCGCAGCAUGGAGGAAGAAUUUCGCGAUAUUGUUGGGAUUAGCGUGCCGCUCUGGAUAUAUGCCAUUUUCUGCAUAUUCCUGGACUUCCAUGGAAGCAACAUCUAUUUUUGGAUUUCCUUCCUUCCAUCAAUUUUGAUCCUGCUGAUGGGUACCAAGCUUCACCAUGUUGUUGUGAAGUUGGCUGUUGAAAUUAUGGAUUCAUGUCCCCCGACAGAAAAUCGUCAAUUUAAACUGAGGGAUGAGCUCUUCUGGUUUGGGAGGCCACGGCUUCUUUUGUGGCUGAUACAGUUCAUAUCUUUUCAGAAUGCGUUUGAGAUGACAACUUUUAUCUGGUCCCUGUGGGAGAUAAGGGACACUACUUGUUUCAUGAGUAAUCGCAGCUUGCUGGUGACCCGAUUAACGUUCGGGGUUGUCUCUCAGUUCUGGUGUAGCUUCAUUACUUUCCCUCUAUAUGUCAUUGUUACGCAGAUGGGUUCCAAAUUCAAAAAAUCGGUGAUCUCCGAAAGCGUGAGGGCAUCGCUGCACGGAUGGCAGAGGAGGGCCAAGGCCAAGCACAGCUCAUCCACUCCGCUCCUUAGUGUGGCGUCAGUCACAUCCCUGGAUUCCUUGGCAGACGACAUGGACAGAUUCGAUGGUCUAGGCCACCACCAGAUCGGCAUCGAAGGAAGCUCUCUGGAUGCAGGAGAUACGUCGUUUUCACAUCACAAUGAGUCUGAGGGACCGAGUUCCAAACCGGCCCUACAAAAUGACUAUGCCCUGGGCCGAGUUUGUUCGGGUCCUAUUUUUGACAUCUGCAGCAGUGAUGAGGACCGUGAUCUCGAUGCAUACAAUGACACAGAAGACGGGUCACAUGGCCCUUCCACCAUCCUAACGAUCUGAGAGUCAUUGUCAACAUGGAAUCUCCAGAGGAGCAGAGAUUGCCAUGAGGGAACUCUGGAGGACAUUUUUAUUUCGACCGUGUGCUCCAUUUAUGCUCAUGAUGUUUGGACACAUGCUGCGAGCGUCCCUUUCAUGCCAGAUCGCUACAGCACUAGAUGCCGAGAGGAUCGUACCAUGUAUAUAAUCUAUAGCCGCAUUAUUCGAACAGCUCUAGAUGGCUUUUUUCGAGGUGAAAUCGAGCCAUAUUCGCAG